UUCUAAUGCGCAGUCACGUGCGUUGGUAAUGGAUUGGCGUUCGUGGCGAACUUUUGAAGCGACUGCGACAUUAGUGCGCGGACAUUGGUCUCGUCGAGCAUUUAUUAUGCGAACACGGAGCAUUCGAGCACUUGUCGACUCAGUACGCGCGUAGACGCGCACGUUCUUGGCAGGGGUAGUGUGUUUCUGUCCCGUGAUGCGAGAGAUCCACCAGGACGAAGACUUGCCCGCGAGCGGAUUUUACGGCGUCGUUCGAGAGAAUAUUGUAGCUCUGCUUUUUGCGUUGGCUCUGGAGGGCAUCUCAGCGCUGUUACUACGUAGAUAUCGCAUUCGAAGAGUGAGCAAUGGAACAAAGAAUUUCUCGUGGGAAAGUGGGGCAACCUGGAAUCGGGAUGAUCUUGGAGAUGACGGGAGCUCUCUAAGAAGACGCCGGUCGACUUCCGAUCAUUAUGCUAGUAACUCUACCAUGAGCACCAUGAACUAUAGCAGCAUCAAUGAUUCGACGGAGGACGACGAUGAGCUGGCCGAAUCCUCCAUAGCAGUUAUGUUCUGUUGCACUGGCUUAGGUGCCGCUACAGCAGGCUUUUUGUUACUGCCACUGACUGCCGGGUUUGGUGACUACAUAGAGAAAUCUAUGCUAGAUAGAUUUUGGAAUUAUACCUCCAUUGCUUCCUCUCUCUCACUCUACGGACUUAUGCCAUUUUGCUAUUUUAUUCUUGAAGCCCAUGGAAGGACGUGGUUGGCAAAAACUAAAGAAUGUCUCCAGGUUUUGGUGCUGUUCUGGGCUCUCGGAGCUGGCCUACUGUUCAUCAUAACCAAGACGCUCGGGGUUGAAGCUUUCAUAGAAACACACCCGUGGCUAUCUGCCUUGAACAUUGUCGUCAGUAUACCGUGCGGCGUACUUGCUGGCCUAGCUACACCACGUGGGGUGGUGCAGUUAUUUACAUUGCCCGGGAGUUUCGCGCUCCCUUUGGAUCAUAAGAAGAGAACCAGGGACUCAAUAACUGAAUUGGAAUUUGAGAUUAUGGCAUUGGAAAACAAACUGCACAAUAAUCAGGAGACGAGAAAAGACACCGCGCGAAGGGGCCAACUCGAUGGGGAGGUGGACACCGAGGCAAUCGUUUGGAAAAUUUCCGCUCUCCGAGCUGACAUAGGCAAAUUGCGGCAACUGGAGCGUUACAGCCCAUUGAUGCGAAUUCUGAUCGCUGUCUCGCUCUUUUCCAUGUCACUCGUGGGAUGGAUUUCGGUAUUGAUGAGGAUAUUAUCGAGCUUGGCAGAUGAAGUUCUAAGUCAAAACAUCCUGUGGCGAGUCGGUGAACCUCCACCCAGGUGGUGGACUCUCUCAGAGCCUAUAUCGGUGGCCUACUUUGGUCUGGCAACCACAGUUGGGUUCUAUAGGCUAGCACCCAAACUUGUCUUCCAAGUUCAUAACACACCUGCCCGGCAGGUCAUUGGCAGUAUUAUGCUAUUGCUCACCGUCUCUGUAACACUACCUCUUGUGGUUCAGAGCUUGGGGUUAACUAAAUGGGAUGUGGGAUUGUGCCCAGAGCUGGUCGUUCUUGCACAUCGUCCUUGGUUGCUGGCUACCUAUAGAUUAGCAAUGCUGUGGUUAAUGGCCACUGGUCGACGGUAAUAGUUUAAUCUAAUAAAAUAUUUCUUAUAUCAUAUCUUCAUAAUAACUCGUUCG